AUGCAGGCAAUUGCAUUUCUAAUUGGUGUAGAUCCUUGCUUGGUGUGGAUCAAGGCUGUCACUGAGGCAGAUUUACUUGAGCCAUCUGAACGAGACAUCUCGCUACGACAGUCCAAUACGCCAAAAGUCCGCUUGUGA